AUGUCCGGCGUGAAGAGCAUUCUAAAACUUGCUAAGAGCGCUCUUGAACAAAAUGAUCCUGAGUCUGCCUUGGACCAUGUUCGGGCGGCCCUUGAUACUGAGCCUAAUUCAUACUAUGCAUAUGUCUUCCAGGGAAAAGCGUACCAGUUACUAGGAGAUAUGCCAAAAGCAAUAACCGCGUUCAAGAAGGCUACUGCAAUUGAACCCGAUAAUCUUUUGGCCUGGAAAGGUUAUCUACAACUCGUCAAGAACUUAAAUGAUCAUGAACAGUUUUUUUCUGUAUUGACGUCUAUCAGUAGUAUUUUGGUGAGUCAGGGCAUUUCCAUUGCUGAUUCUUUACAAGUUCUUCGAGAGUAUUUAGAAACCCACAAGAUGAAAAACAACGACGAACUAUAUGAAUUGUACCUUAGAAAAAUCAUGCCUGGUACCGAGUUGGGAGAUCUUAUUGGCAGCUCAAUCGAAAACCCUGAGACCAUUUGCAAGAAAUUAUUGGAUUUCAAAGAAAAUCAAGUUGAAAAGGAGGUUGUGGCAAAAAUCUCCAAGGAGAGGGUCAGAUAUGGAAGGACGCUUACUUUAGAUCAGAAAUCCAAACUUGACACUUUGGCGUGGUCAAUAUACAAAAGCGCAAAAAUAUUAGAAUUAUAUGAUGCAUUCCUAAAUAUAUGCAAUGACGAUGCAUUGCGACGCAAAUACCAAGAAAAAUGUCUCAAGUUCAAGUAUGAGCUUUUGAAAGUUUGUCCAGAAAAACCGCCGUUGAUUAAGGACAUUAGACAAUCUAUUGAUGAUAUGAUUUUAUUAAAGACUGACAGUUUGUUUUGUUGGAAUUUGUAUUUCAACUGGAACGAUGAUGUUAGUGUUAAUCAUCUAGAUGAGGAUAAAAUUAUCACAUAUUUAGAUUUAUUUCAAAACGAAGGUUUGGGUCGGAUAUUGUUUGCCUUUGUCAUGAGCGACAUAUCACCCUACAAUAAAAAGAAGAUUGUCGACAGUCUAGCUCAUGGUAGUGUCGAUGAUGCUAUAACACGACAAAAAAAACUGAAUAGCGAUACCAAGAAAGAUUCGAGUAACUUGGAGGGAAUAGCUGUUGACGAUGAUAAUGAUGAUAGUGGUGGUGGUGGUGGUGAUAAGGAUGAUGCAAAUGCUUCAUUUUUUUUGCCCCAGGAAGAGGUUAUUAGUUUAAUGAUCGAGGGUCACGCCAAGGCCAACACUUCAGUGCUAGCUAAUAGGAUAAUUGUACAUUUUUAUAUUCAUCUUCGCGAGUACAAUGUUGCUUCCGAGAGAUGUCGCGAAGGGAUUAAGAUAUUGGCUGAUAUACAAAGGACGUUUGGAGUAGACUUGAGGAAUACUAAGGAUGACUUUUUGUGUUCCCUUGCUAUUGUGUAUACGUAUUAUGAAGCUCCCAAGAAUUUCAGUCGGGCACUUCAGUUAUACGACAAGAUUUUGGAGUCAAAACCGGACGAUGUGAGAGCCAAGGUUGGGAAAGGAUUGAUACACGUAGAGAGAGGCGAUUUGGAAAAAGCUCGAGUUCUCUUGGGAACUGUUUUAAAAGAUCAUCCUGAGAACUUGGAAGCAGUAUCUGAAUAUUAUUGGUGCCUUGUUAAACUUGGGAAACUCGAAGAAGGUAGGAAUGGACUAAAGAGUUUUGUAGCAAAGAUCACUGGUGCAGAUUUACACAGUCGAGAAGUGAGAGCAAUAGCUAACUGGAGAAUAGCAAAGAGUUUUAUAGAAGAAAAUGACGUACAACAAUGCUACCAAUAUUUGAUUCAGUCUUUAAAAGACUCGGACUUGUAUGCGCCUUCAUACACUUUAUUGGGAGUAUUGUUUGAGGAGCAUUUUAAAGACACUGAAAGAGCCCGAAAAUGCUUUUACAAGGCAUUCGAUUUAGAUGCCAACGAAAUAACAGCUGCUAGACAUUUAGUGGAGCAAGCAUUGAUUGAAGAUGAAUGGGAAGUGGCACAAGUGCUUGCUACUAGGGUGAUUAAAAAUGAGCACUCGAGAAGAAUGAUUAUGCGUGGGGAUAUACCUGACGCAUCUUGGCCAUACAGAGUACUUGGUUGCGCGGCACUAAACUUCCGAGAUGACGCAAAGGCUGUGGAGUGGUUUCAAAAUGCACUUCGUAUUGACUCGGGCAAUUAUGCUUGUUGGGUUGGUUUAGGAGAAGCUUAUUCGAAUUGUGGAAGAUUUGAAGCUGCUUCCAAAGUUUUUCAGCACGCACUCAGUCUUGGUCACCAGUAUUCCUGGACAGUGAAAUACAUGUUGGGUGUUGUUCUUUGCGAAAUGAAGAAUUAUAAUGAAGGAUUAAGUCAUUUGUACUCUGCAUUAGAGAAUCAACCUAACGAAGAGUGUAUUAUUAGUGCAAUCUAUGAAGCCAACAUUGAAAAUACCAAAACAUUUAUACAGUUGGGCUUUUUUGGACGUGCAAUUAAUACCAACUUAAAGAGUUUGAGGUUUAUAAAGCAAGCUACUUCAUUGAAUAGCUCUUCUCAGAAAGUUUGGAGGGCUCUCGGAGAUAGUCUCCGAGUAUUCAUCAAGAUACGAGAGUACAUCAAUGAGGCUCCUUUUGACGAAAUUCUUGACAUAUUUGCAAAAGUUGACAUCUCGAAAUUGUCGGAGACUUUGGAUGAUUCAAUUACAAUGGUCUCUAUCAAAUCACAUAUUUCGGAGGGAAGGAAAGUAGAGGCGUUGCUUUUACUUGCGGUUCUAGCAGCCGCUGCGAGUGUCAGUUGUUUGUCUGUUAAGUCAAAUAAGAUCUUGAAGGCAACUGCAUUUUAUAAUUUGGGUUUGAGUUUGUUGGAAGCGUUUCAAAAUUUGGGUAAUCAUUCCUACGGCGAACUUUCCGUGCAGCACUUGAAACAUGCCAUUAAACUUGAGCCUAACAACUCAAACUACUGGAUGGCCUUGGCGAACGUUUACUUUUUUCUGGAACCACUUAUAGCCCAACAUUGUUAUAUUAAAGCCAUUUCUUUGGAGACAAAGAAUGCAGAAGUUUGGGUAAAUUUAGCAGCAUUGUACUUGAAACAUGAUGAUUCUCAACUUGCUCAGCAGACAUUUUUGAGAGCCCAAUCUGUGACACCACAAGAUGCGCAGUCUUGGUUAGGAAAUGCUAUUGCUGCAGAAGCUAGUGGAGAUUUGGAAAAGGCGUCGAGUCAAUACGCACACGCUUUUAUUCUUUCAAAAGGAAGGCUAGCGUUGGCUCAGUAUGUGUUUGGAUUGUCAGUGUUGGAUAGGAGUACUGGUCGUGAUUUGAAAGAUAUUGAAACGGCCCAGGAGUUCAGUAUCAGCAACCAAGCCAUGCAGCUGUAUCUUAAAUACUAUCCAGAUGACGUACCAGCGUUGAACAUUGCAUUGGGAAUAGCAGAGAGGUGUAAAGAUUUUGACAAUGCACUUAAAAUAGGGCAUAAGCUAAGCACAAUCUAUGAAAAAUUAUAUGAAGAAUCUGAGUCUCAAUUGGUAGUGGACAACUUUGCUUCUUUGAAAAGCCAGUUAUCGAGACUCAACUUGGGACUUGGUGCUUUUGAAAAGUCGAUUGAACAGUCGCAAGCUGCUUUGGAUCUUUGCGGUGGUGCUGGUGCUGAGGAAGAGGAAGAGGGGGAUGAGUCUUCACUGAUAAUUAUGAGUAGUAGAAUUACAUUAGGACUUGCUUAUUUUUUCAGCAACAUGUUUCAAGAUGCAAUUGUUCAAUUGAGGCUGUUGUUAGCGGCUUGCGGCCAAUUACCAAGUGUUAUCACUUUAAUUGCCCAAGUCUUGUAUGCACAUAACACCGCAGAGAGUAAACAAGCAGCAAUUGAUCAAUUAUUUGCAUAUAUCGAAGAAAGUGGAUCGUCGUUAUCAGUUAUUCUCACUUUAGGUGCCAUUUCGUUGGUGGAAAACUUGUCAGAGUACCUAGAUGCAAUUAAGGAUGAGUUGCUUGGGUUGAACUUGAAUGAAAUUGUUUCUGAUACUCACCGGGAAAUUCCCAAGCUUUUGGAUGAGAUUAACAAAAGGAUUGGAGACAAUAAUGAAAAAAUUUGGCUUAGAUAUGCUUAUUUGUUUCCAUCCAAUUACAAUAUUUGGAAGAACAUAAAUCCUGACAUUGCAAAACAGGUUGUUUUAUCAGCAGAUAAUAAGGUCACAGGUAGCGAAUAUGCUGAAGCAAUGAUCAAAACAGGUAAAUUACGUGAUAUUCAAAGAAGUUUAAUGAUGAAUCCCUGCAGUCCCGUAGCAAUUGAAGCUUUGAAUAUGUGUUUUUAA